UGGGGAUGCAGAUUCAUUAUCAUGCAAAGAGCUGGAGGAGGGAGAGAUUGGAGGUAAAGAGGAAAAAGAGCAGACGUGGAGGAAGAGGGGGCUCUGGAUGUGCUAGGUACCCCCACCUCUAACACAGAGGAUUCCACCGAACAUGGACCCCUGAAACACUGGGUGAUCUUUUCUGGAGAGAGCCUGCAGAUGAGAGGACAUGUACUGUGCUUCCAGACACCUUGGGUGAGGCUGCAGGGGAGGGCGAGCAGGCACAUUGGUGGAGAUAGCCGUGCUGUGCUAGGGAUUUCUUCUCCAGUGCAGGGAUUCUCCCUCCCUACCCUCCUAUAGUGAGAAUCCUCAUCGCCCGCGCUGACUGGACAUGCACGGGGUGAACAUCCUUGGAGGGCAUCGCAUGCAGGUCACGCGUUUGUUUUGUUACAAUUGCUAAAGCACUCAAAAUGGGGAAUAUUUCCUCCAACAUUUCUUCCUUCCAGUCCUUACACAUUGUUAUGCUCGGACUAGACUCUGCAGGGAAGACCACUGUCCUUUAUCGGCUCAAGUUUAAUGAGUUUGUUAACACUGUGCCCACCAUUGGCUUCAACACAGAAAGAAUUCGGUUGAGCAAUGGAGCAGCAAAGGGAAUCAGCUGCCACUUCUGGGAUGUGGGGGGGCAAGAGAAGCUGCGUCCACUCUGGAAGUCGUACAGCAGAUGCACUGAUGGCAUCAUUUAUGUGGUGGACUCCGUGGAUGCAGAUCGACUGGAGGAAGCCAAAACGGAACUACAUAAGGUGACCAAGUUUGCAGAGAACCAAGGGACCCCUCUUCUGGUCAUUGCCAACAAACAGGACUUGCCCAAGUCUUUGGCGGUGGUUGAGAUUGAGAGGCAGUUGGCACUACAAGAACUGAGUCCAUCCACUCCAUACCACGUUCAGCCGGCUUGUGCUAUAAUUGGUGAAGGACUUACAGAAGGCAUGGACAAGUUAUAUGAAAUGAUACUAAAAAGGAGGAAGACCCUCAAGCAGAAGAAGAAGCAGCGAUAACAUUGGAAACGGAAAGGGCUUCAUGAGAUGCCUACCAAAGAUGCCAGUGUUACCUGCCCACCUCAUGUUGGUCAGCAAGUUCUUGUAAUGGUUUUGCUCUUGCUGGACACUUUUUUCGGGAUCUACAAAGGACAAACUCCUUGCGAUUUGGGACAAGGGGUGCUAUUUUCAUUAGUGGAGUGGAAUUUACGCUGUGCAGGGCAGGACCCUGCCAUUCAAUCCCCUCCAUACUGAAGGAGAUACAGUCUAGUCAUUGCAGAGCAAUAUGUGGCCUAAUCCUCCAUCACCGCAAGUCUUUAUUCUAUGUCUAAGAACUAUUUAAAUAAAGAUGGAAUGUUAUAAAUUUAAUUGGAUCACACAUUUAUGUAGCAGAAGACACAUUGUACACUGUGUAUUUGCUCUCCCGCCAAGAUAAUGCAACUUGAAGAUUUUCGCUGUACAAUGGUGGUCCUUUCCAUGUGGACGUACCCUCACAUCACUAAGGGAAAUUUAUUUUUAUUUGCAAUGUGGCUUCCCGAUCCGAACUAAUUACAGUCUUUCUGACAGCUGUGCCUGGUGUCCAUUUUCCUUUCCUGCUAAUUUCUGCACUGUGUCUUUCCAUCCCCCUCCAUCACGAGUUAAAUAUUCAUAACCACAGCUUACAUGUAUUACUCAUUCCCUGCCAGAUGUGUUUGCAGUCUAUCGCACUGCAAGUCUGUCUCACAGAGGAUAGGUCAUCUUGGGCUGUGGUUGAGGGGAUGUCCGUCAUGAAUUUUGUUUCUGCAUGGGAUUAAUUGUAAGAAUUUUAAUACUGGUUGUUGCUUCUAGCUGUCUCAUUAUUUGCAAUCCAUACUAAAUAUGAAUGUUGCAUUCUGAUAAUUCUGUCUUGUACUGUCUGCGUUUAUUCCCUUGUUACAUCUGUGACUUCAACUAUAGGAGAAUCAUGGGAAUGGCAACCUCCAUCAUUCCGCUUAAAAUGACUAUAACUCUCAUGAUGAUUAGGUAAAGCAUGGUGGGAUUUUUAGUCCAUAACAACUGGAAUGCUGUUUUUUUUUUACCUGCCGGUUACUGGGAGGGCUGGGAAGGCCCAGCAUGGAACUGUUUGUUCUAUUGAGCUGCUUUGUCUGGGCUGAGCCAUUGACUCUCCUCGGCCUCAUGUUAUAUAUGAAUGUAUUCCGUUCAGUUGGGAGGUGUCGGUGGUUCGAUGUGCUCAUGCUCCGCUCGGUAAGGCAGUGUCAGCAGUCUUUCUGCUGUGUCCCUUAUGUCCAGGCACAGUCAUGGAAGACAGCGUCAGUGGUCUAUCUGCUGUGUUUCCAUGUCCGUGUGUCCAGCUGCAUUUUACACUGGUGUUAAAGAAAUAAAAAAAAACAUUUUCUAAACCAA